UCCAUGAUGAUUUUAUUUUCUGCUUCUUAACACCGUUACUCUUCUUUGAACCAAGUUCAAUGUACGAGAGCUCUUACAGACACACAGCGCAAACAGACGGCUCAGAUCACGCCCACAUCCUCUGUACCUGAUCUCUGGCCGCGUACUUCUUCUUCUUCGUUAGUUUGAACUGAAUGAGCAGUCUCGAAUAGCGCUUAUGUUCUAGGAAGAUACUUCUCCAAGCAUCAGUGACUGAUUCUACUUUGUGAACUCGUCUAUAUCCGGCAUUAUCUUGGGAUCCUAACAUUUUUUCAAGGCAGUUUCGGCUAAUGGAUUCCUGUGAUUGCAUUGACUCACAGUGGCCCCCAGAUGAACUUCUAGUGAAAUAUCAGUAUAUCUCUGAUGUAUUCAUUGCCCUCGCAUAUUUUUCGAUUCCCCUUGAGCUCAUAUAUUUUGUGCAGAAGUCCUCAUUCUUCCCAUACAGAUGGGUGCUCAUGCAGUUUGGUGCUUUUAUUGUUCUAUGUGGCGCAACUCACUUUAUAAACUUGUGGACAUUCUUCAUGCACUCUAAAGUAGUUGCUAUAGUGAUGACUGUUGCAAAGAUAGCUUGUGCAGUUGUAUCAUGUUCCACUGCUUUGACGCUUGUUCAUAUUAUUCCUGAUCUAUUAAGUGUUAAAACACGGGAAUUAUUUCUAAAAAACAAGGCUGAAGAGCUUGACAGGGAGAUGGGCCUUAUUCUUACUCAAGAAGAAGCUGGAAGGCAUGUCAGAAUGCUUACUCAUGAAAUUCGAAGCACACUUGACAGACAUACCAUCUUGAAAACCACUCUCGUUGAGCUUGGUAGGACCUUAAACCUAGAGGAGUGUGCACUAUGGAUGCCAUCACAUGGUGGUGUAAAUCUGCAUCUUUCUCAUACUCUUAAUUACCAAAUACAAGUGGCAUCUUCUGUGCCAAUAAACCUUCCUGUAGUUAAACGAGUUCUUGAUAGUGCACAAGCAGAACGUAUACCAUAUACUUGCCCACUGGCAAGAAUCAGACCACUUGUAGGAAGAUACGUUCCUCCUGAGGUCGUUGCUGUCCGGGUACCUCUUUUACAUCUCUCAAAUUUCCAAAUUAACAAUUGGCCUAACCUCUCUACAAAAAGCUAUGCCAUCAUGGUUCUGAUUCUCCCGACAGAUAAUGCCAGAAAAUGGCGUGACCAUGAAUUGGAACUUGUUGAAGUUGUUGCAGACCAGGUAGCUGUUGCUCUUUCUCAUGCUGCUAUUCUAGAAGACUCCACGCGGGCUCGUGAUCAGCUCAUGGAGCAGAAUUUUGCCUUAGAACUAGCUCGUCGCGAGGCAGAGAAGGCAGUCCGUGCUCGAAAUGAUUUUCUGGCCGUCAUGAACCAUGAGAUGAGAACACCAAUGCAUGCAAUUAUUGCUUUGUGUUCACUUCUUUUGGAAACUGAUUUAACUCCAGAACAAAGGUUUAUGAUAGAGACAGUUCUAAAAAGCAGCAACCUUAUGGCAACACUUAUUAAUGAUGUUCUAGAUCUCGCUAGGCUUGAAGAUGGCAGCCUUGAAUUAGACUCCGGAAUGUUCAGUCUUCAUGGCAUUUUCCAGGAGGUCAUUAAUUUAAUAAAACCAAUCGCAUCAAUGAAGAAGUUAUCUAUAUCUUCAUUUCUGGCACCAGAUUUACCCCAUUGUGCUGUUGGUGAUGAGAAACGGCUUAUGCAGACUGUUCUGAAUGUUUUGGGUAAUGCUGUGAAAUUCACGAAGGAGGGAUAUGUUUCCAUUAAAGCUUCUGUUGCAAAACCUGAGUCUUCAAGAAACUGGCAGCCUCCAGAAUAUGUCCCGGCUCCAAGUGAUGGUCACUUUUACCUACGAGUGCAGGUUAAGGAUACUGGUUGUGGGGUUGUCCCGCAAGAUAUCCCACAUCUUUUCACCAAAUUUGCUCAACCUCGAGGUGGGUCCAGUAGAGAUAUUGAUGGCGGAGGCCUUGGACUUGCCAUUUGUAAACGGUUCGUAAAUAUCAUGGGAGGUCACAUCUGGAUUGAGAGUGAAGGCCUCAACAAAGGUUGUGUGGUUACGUUCACAGUUAAAUUGGAGAUUUGCAACGGUCCUAACAAUUCAUCUGUGCACCAAAUAGCAUCUAGAAGUCAAUCGAGUCAUGGGACCACAGAUCAUACUGGACAUAAUCCAACAUUUAGAAACAACAAUUUGGUAGCUUCUUUUAAUCCUCAUUACCACAGAAGUUUUUAGAUACCAGAGGAAGCGGACAUAAUGUCAGGAGCCUGCUUAUGGUGAUGGUGAAUGUCCUUUUUGGUGGUGUCUGAAAUCUUACCCGACAAAGAAUUUCGCUACCGUAGACCAUUCCUUACCCGUCACUCUACAGAAUGGUACAUGAGAUUAACUCUGGCGCAUAACCCGCAACAGAAAAAUAUAAGGAAUGGCAUGAAAGUCUGCCAUGAAUGACUAUGUUGUAAUCAUAAGUUUUGCUACUUUGCUGUGAUGUCACGCUACAAAAGAAUGGCAAGACCAUGUAUGAAUUCAGUGGAUUGUAAAUGCAUAGAAUCGAUGAAGUAAUAGGUAGUAGCAGUAUUGAGCAGAUGUCUGGGGUUAUAAAUCUGGUUGUUUUCUAU